AACUAAUAGACUAUUGGGACAAGAGAGACACAAUUCUGAUAAUUUUGACCCGUCACCCUCGACAAAAAAAUGUGUGGAUAUAUAUUAAGCCAUAGACUAAUAAUAAUAAUAAUCAUAAUCUUGAGCCUUUGAUUAACCUAAUAUUUUUCCUUUCAUCCAUAUUAUUUGGGUCAGCUGACACAUGCUCAUCAUCAAUUUCAACAUUCAAUCAUUACAACCCAACUGUCAAAGUCUCGUAAUUAUAAGAACCGUCUCCCAAACUCACUCUCAACCUAAAUCCCAAACAAAAAUGGCGGAAAAAGAAGCCAUUGAAGAAGCUCAUAGCAAGCUUCGAUUCAAGCUCCUUCGAGAAAUUCGUUGGAGUAAUAGACGAGAAUGUGAAUUUCCUCCCAAGGUUCGUCAUUACAGGAAAGUGGUGUCUCCUUAUUAUGAAAACUCUCCUCCGACGAAGGAAGAGAUGGAGAUAAUGGAAUCGUGUCCGAAGGUGGACAGAGAGAACCUUGAAGAGUUGCUUCAGGAGGAGAACUUCUACUUGGUUAUGAACUGGAACCGAGGUAGUGAAUCUGGUGAUGAGGAGGAUUUCGCCGACGCUCCUGAUUUUGUGGAUAUUAGAUCCAGAAGAAGGAUACCAUGGGUGCCGGUGUUAAUUUAUAAACCAAAGGAAAGCGAUGACCAUAAGAAAAGGCCAGCGGUUGUUUUUCUUCACGAUAUGAAUAAAAACAAAGAGUUCUUCCGUCCAUUGCUUAAGGCGUAUGCUUCGCGGGGAUAUAUAGCCGUUGCGGUGGAUGCAUGUUACCAUGGAGAACGUGCCACGUACACACACGCCUAUAGAGAUGCACUUACUUAUGCGUGGAGUUCUGUUGACACGUCGCCAUUCAUAUAUGAACCGGUUUGCGACUUGAUGAGAUUGGCAGAUUAUCUAACAGAAAGAGAGGAUAUAGAUCCUUCUAGAAUAGGAAUCACCGGAAUAUCACUUGGAGGAAUUCAUGCAUGGUUUGCAGCAGUUGCUGAUACUCGCUAUUCUGUGGUUGUUCCUCUGAUUGCUGUUCGGGGAUUUCAAUGGGCCAUAGACAACGAUAAAUGGAAGGGUCAAGUUGAUAGUAUGGAGAUUUUGUUUGAAGUGGGUCGUCAUAAUUUGUGUAAAGAUCGUAUGGACAAAGAAGUAGUGGAGAAGGUAUUUGAUCAUGUUUCUCCUUGUUUAACUUCGGAAUUUGAUGCGCCCUAUUCAAUUCCAGCUAUAGCACCACGUCCAUUGCUUAUUAUCAAUGGUGCGGAAGAUCCACAGUGUCCCGUUGCAGGCUUGGAAGUUACAAGGUCAAAGGCUAUUCAGGCAUACCAAGCUUUUCAGUGUGUAGAUAAUUUUAAGUUUAUUGCAGAAGCUGGAGUUGGACACCAAUUAACCAGACUGCAAGUGAAGGAGUCAGCUGAUUGGUUUGAUAGGUUUUUAAAGCCUUAGUUGACGUGUUCGCAUGUAUAAACCAGCUUGCUUACUCCAUUGUCUUUGUUGUGAUUGUAUGUCAUUACAUAUCUUUUUAAUUUUAUAUUUUGUGAUGAUACUUUUUAUCUUAAAUAAAAUCAUGAAUCAAUUAAGCUUUUAA